UAAUCCAUUGCUCUAAGCUGUUGAGUGCCUAAUGCGUCCAAUUGCAUUAGAGUUUAUAGGAUUAUUAUCUUGGGAAACAGUUGUAGACUUUGUAUUUAGAGAUUCUUGUUGAAGAUAAGAGAAAAACGAUAACACCAACGUCAAAUUACAGGAAAACUCUGUACAUAGAUUUAAUCGUGUCAUCUUCUACAGAAGAAGAUACAAUACUAGAUGGGUUUCUUUUGUCUAUUACAUGUGUCUUCAUGUUGAAAGGCUUCUCUUGUUGUGAACGAAACUAGCCGAGAAAAAUAUGCGCUGAUUCAAACCUUUACCAGUCGUUCUCAAAGAGGGGUAUUGAAUCGAAUUUUCCAUAUGAAGAUCCAGAAGAUUUGCGUUUGUAAUUUUUGUUCGGUUUGGAAGGAGUAGUUCAAAUAGUUGUACACAUACUUAUAAUUAAUGUCCAUAUUUAUUGACUAUAACAAAUAGUAUAUUCUUAGAGACGGUGGUCCAGCAGCCGAUCGAGUCUAUGAAUGACUGGCUUAGAGUUAGUGAGACAGCCGUCCAAGAUAAGGAGAAAGAGAGAAAGAGAAAUAAGAGAGAGAAAGAGCAAGAGAAAAUAUUCUCUCCAGCUAGCUUUCUUUUUGGAGUUUUCUUCUGGCUUCGUGCAGGCCCCAAGAACAAACAUUAUUUUUCGUUACACCAAAGAGCUUCAAAUCCCAGCAGGUACUGUUUACAGCUUCUCGACUUAGGUCUUCUGGUUUUGGUAAUUUCGGACAAAACCCUGAAUCUGGUACUUCCAAUUUCAGUAGCAGAAAUGAUGUCUCAAGAUGGCCUUUCUGUUCCAUCUACAAUCCCUACAGGGUUUGCUCAACCUCAAGAACCAAAUUAUCCAAACCCUAAUCCUAACCCUACUUCUACUACUUCAAAUCCGGCCAAGAAGAAGAGAAAUUUGCCAGGAACACCAGAUCCGGAUGCAGAAGUCAUAGCUUUGUCUCCAAAAUCACUUAUGGCUACCAACAGAUUCAUAUGUGAAAUCUGCAAUAAGGGUUUCCAAAGGGACCAGAACUUGCAGCUCCACAGAAGAGGCCACAAUCUGCCAUGGAAGCUAAAGCAAAGAACUAACAAGGAGGUCCGAAAGAAGGUUUACAUCUGCCCCGAAAAGACCUGCGUCCACCAUGACCGGUCCAGGGCCCUUGGUGACCUUACCGGAAUAAAGAAGCAUUAUAGCAGAAAACAUGGGGAGAAGAAGUGGAAGUGUGAAAAAUGUUCGAAGAAGUAUGCCGUUCAAUCAGAUUGGAAAGCUCAUAGCAAGAUUUGUGGCACCAGAGAGUACAGAUGUGACUGUGGCACACUCUUUUCCAGGAAGGAUAGCUUCAUAACCCACAGGGCAUUCUGUGAUGCUUUGGCUGAAGAAAGUGCGAGGUUCACUACAGUUUCAUCGGCAAUAAUUAAUCCUCAAGUAGCUGUUGGGAUGAAUCAUCUUUCUUCGAUUUUAACGGCAGAUUUUACAGGGCCCGACCAAUUUGCGGGAAAUCUCAUCGGAGAUGGUCAGAAGUUGAGGCUGCCGGUAUGGCUAGACCAAGGCAAUUCAUCACAACUGAAUCCAAUUGGGAAUAUUGCAAGCAGUUCCAAUGCUAAUUUCUUAGCACCAAAUUCCACAAAUGGCUUGGCUGACUUGGGAAUUGCACCUAUUAACAACAUGUUUGGAUCAGUAUCAUACAAGUACCCAGAAGCAUCAUUUACAGGUGCCAAUAACCUCUCGAUAUCAACAUUGGCGCCAUUGCCACGAGGAAUGCCAAAGGAAGAAAGAGAAGAAGACAAAGGAAAUUUGUCUCAAUCUAUAACUUGUUUAUAUUCGAAUAACAAUAAUAAUAGAAGUAGCCAGGGUCACAUGUCAGCCACUGCACUCCUCCAAAAAGCAGCACAGAUGGGAUCUGCAAGGAGCAACCCAUCAGCCAAUAACGGUCCUUCUAGUACUUCUGGUUUCGGUUUAAUGACUUCAUCUCUGUCAAGCAUCUUCAGGCAACCAAAUAACAACUUGAAUGAGUUGGCUAACAGGUCACAGCCGUCUCAUCAGGUCCAGCUCGUUUCAUCCGCCCGCAGUCCCUACUCCGAGAGGACAUCAUCGCAACAACAGAAUCAAGCUGAGAACUUGAACGAGUUGGUGAGUUCAUUGUCUUCUUCAUCUCAUGGAUCUCUGUUGGGAGAAUUGAGCUCCAGCUCGUUUAUGAAUAUGAACAAGAAAUCAACCCAAGGUAGUGUUGAAGGAGGAUUAACCAGGGAUUUUCUGGGAGUGGGAGGGGAGUCGAGCAGACCUUUCCUGCAACAAGAGCUAGCCAAGUUUGCUUCCAUGGAAUCUGCAACUGCCAUGGAGCUGAGCCAGUACGGUCUUCAUGGGCACCACUGUUGAAGUAGGGUUUUAAUUACAUCGUGGAGACAAAGGGAGAUUGUAGGGCAGAGUUUAGACUUGGGAGGGUUGGAAGGAGAAGUGGCAACACAUGCAUCAGCUCAGCCGCAGGGGGAGGGGGGGGGGGGGCCAUCACGCAUGGUGCUAUCGAGAUACAUAACAAAAGGAGAGAUUGGGCCCAGAGUGCUCCUCCAUGCAUAAUGUAAUUUUUAUAUUAUAUAUUUACGUUUGUAAUGUUUUAAGUUUCUUUCUUUCUUUUUUUUUUAAAAAAAAUAGUACGUAGUGUCAAAAACAAGACAUGGUGGUGAACAUUUGUUGUCGCUGUCCGUGAAUGUGACUGUGACGGCCGUGAUAGUCUUGCUCUUGCGUGCUGGAAUCUCGAAAAAAAUAAAGUGGCAUUGGUAUC